AUGUCGCUCGUAUCCGGCGAGAAGACUAACUUCCAGUACAUCCUGCGUCUGCUCAACACCAACGUUGAGGGAAAGCAGAAGAUCAUGUACGCCUUGACCCAGAUCAAGGGUGUCGGUCGCCGCUACUCCAACCUUGUCUGCAAGAAGGCCGAUGUCGACCUCAGCAAGCGUGCUGGUGAGCUCACCACCGAAGAGCUGGAGCGCAUUGUCACCAUCCUCCAGACUCCUACCCAGUACAAGAUCCCCUCCUGGUUCCUCAACAGACAGCGCGACAUCACCGAUGGCAAGGACCACCAGGUUGUCUCCAACGGUCUUGACUCCAAGCUCCGUGAGGACCUCGAGCGCUUGAAGAAGAUCCGCUCCCACCGUGGUCUCCGUCACUACUGGGGCCUGCGUGUCCGUGGUCAGCACACUAAGACCACUGGCCGCCGUGGUCGCACCGUCGGUGUGUCCAAGAAGAAGUAA